AUGCCAGAUUACAAAGUACUCUAUUUGAAGGGGCAGGCAGAGGAACGCCAACGGCAGGCAGAGAGGGCAGACCAAGAAAGAGAGCGAUCACGACAGACGACCUUCGCAGAGCUUAUUCAAUACUGUCACGACAAUUUUUCCCGAUCAUUGAGAGCUAAACUGUUGCCUCGCUCGAUAACAGAGAGGAUACCGGCGCCCACUGGGAAAUGCUGUCCAUGGAAGCUUCUGCCCUGGACUGAGUGCGAAUCCAGGCAGCACGAGAUAUAUCGCUCGUCUGCACCACAUUUAUUUUCGGCGCGUCGCGAGCUGGAAUGGUUUGGUAGACGACUUAACAGUAGGGCAAUAAGCACUGAAAGGGAUUUGGAGAGACAACAGCGAUUCGCUGUGGAGGAUUUUGUUUACGACAUCAUCCACGAGCUCUGCAGUAUCCCUGCUGCUCGAGAGGAAUUUCGCUUGGGGGAUGGAAUCCGGUUUGAGAAUCAUGCUAACGCCCUCGAUCAGGUUCAAGCUAAUAAGUCUCAAACGGAUCAAUCGUUGGAAUUCCAGCAUUCUUUCCAACCGGAUCAGUCUUGCAUCCACCGUGUUGACGGCAACAGAAAUACUCUUUUUACAGCAGUCGAGUACAAGCCGCCCCAUAAGCUGUCUGUUGAGAAUAUUCGAGCGGGAUUACGACCGAUGAAGUUCUGGGAAGAGGUGGUCAGACCGGACUCUGCGUAUGAUGUCAUGAUCUAUGACGGGCUUGAGUACUCGUACCUGACUAAUGGGUUUGUCUUGGUUUUUUUGUGGGUGCCGUAUGAUGCACCAGGCACCCUAUACUAUCACCUCUGUGAGCCCAACAUAGAAGUGGACCAGGAGGAUAACCCGGAAUUUCUACUGCAGCCGCUCACAGCCAUUGCCCGCGUGUUAUGUUUAUGCCUCAUGGCUUUCCACUCAGAACACCGUAACCAGGGGUGGCGGAAUACCGUAGAACACGAGCUGCCAAAGUUGAAGACAAGUUUCGAUCACACACUUUCCCAGAUCCCUAUAUCGGAAUUGCGGCAGACGCCUCCGGACUCAGAAUACGCCGUCUCAGAGCGUUCAAUCUCCGAGCGCACCGUCUCGGAUCUGCCGUCCUCGCCUCCUUCUCCGCGAGCUUCCAACACAAGUCGAAUGGUCACCAGGUCUAGCUGCGCGCCGCCGAAAUCUAAACCACACGACGAUUCUCCGGAUCCUGAUGCAAAUCCAGCUCCAAGAGGAAAGAAGCGUGGUUCCAGUGAGGUUACAUCCUCUCUCUCGUCUUUAUCCGCUAAAGACUCGGCACGCAAAGCAGGAUCUGAACAGCGUACCACACAGUUUUGCACCCAGAAAUGCCUACGUACGCUGCAGCGGGGCGGCCAGCUGGAUGAUAAUUGCCCGAAUGUCAUGCUACACCGACAGGGAAGUAACAUUAACGAACAUCUUAUCAACGCUGCCACACUGAUCCAGCAACUCAAACAGCAAUUAGAUACAGAUAUCGACUCCAACUGCACACCUCUGGGGGGCUGUGGCGCAUCCGGAGCGCCAUUCAAGGUUACUUGCGCAGCGUACGGAUAUACUAUGAUCGGUAAGGGAACGACUUCCCGGCUUUGGGGCGAGGACUCGCGCGAAAUAGAGGUGUACAAUGUCCUCCGGCGAGCACAGGGAUCUGCUGUUCCAGUCUUCCUGGGAGCAAUUGAUUUGGCCAAGUCCUACUUCCUACACGGCGCCGGCGUGAUCCGCCACAUGCUUAUCAUGGCCUGGGCAGGUGAGCUUAUACAUAAGCUUGAGCAUGAUAGGACGAUCGCCCGUGAAAUUGCAAGGUCUGAAAAGGAGAUCCUCUCCAUCGGAGUUUUGCAUCAGGACCUUCGGUCGGACAAUAUUCUAUGGAAUGCUGAGCUCGGACGGGCUCUGAUUAUUGACUUUCAUUGCUCUGUAUUGAAUUACGAAAAGACGGGCGAGAUCACAUAG